AUGGCAGGCGACUUCCUUGCAUAUCAUGAGCCGGGCAUUGUCGACAUACUGAUCAUUAUAUCCUUUUUCUUUUUCUUGUCUCUGGCUGAGUGGUUCUCUGCUAGAAUAAUCCGGGCUGGAAUCAUCGGCCAAAUCGCCGUUGGAAUCAUUUAUGGAGUGCCUCUGGCCGAUAUCCUGGAACGGGCAUGGCAGGAAACAUUUCUCGCCAUUGGAUAUGUCGGGUUGAUUUUAAUUAUCUUUGAGGGCGGCCUUAAUAUUCGACUAGAUCUUUUGAAGCAAAACUUCCUCCUGAGUGCUCUAGGAGCUGCAACGGGUGUCUGUUUCCCUAUCGGCCUCUCUUAUCUGCUCCUGUACCUAGGAUAUGGAUAUAAUGCCGUUGAAACAUUCAUAAUUGGUGCCGCGCUCUCGGCAACAUCUCUGGGCACUACGUUUUCCGUAAUUUCAUCUGCUGCAAAGUCAGUCGAUCUUUCUCAAACUAGAGUGGGAUCAGUGCUUGUCAGUGCCGCUGUGAUCGACGAUGUUGUUGGUCUUGUGCUAUCAAGUGUCAUUCACGAUUUAGGCGAACUAAGUGAGCCAGGUGAUCAUCCCAGUCUUGGUUGGAUCAUCGGCCGUCCGAUCGUUGCCUCCGUCGCUAUGGCGCUUCUAACGCCUGUUCUUACGAAGUACGUUUUUGCACCAGUGUUUCGCCGGUGGAUUGAGCAGAGGUUUGCGAAAUAUGACCAUAUUUCGAAUAUCGUUCUGAUGGUGUUGGUGCUAUCUGCCUUCAUAAGCAUUGCCUCAUACGCUGGCACGUCUGUUCUGUUUGGGGCAUUCCUAGCAGGCGUAUUCCUUACCUAUUUGCCGAGCAAGCACCCGGAUGGGCCCUUUGUUGUCAUGAGUCGAGAAGAGGGAGAGCGUGAAGCUGACAAGAGUCCCACUUUUGUGCAUACGUUCGAGGCUUAUCUCUUGGACGUUCAAAAAUACCUGAUGGAGCCGUUGUUUUUUGGUAGCAUUGGAUUUGCUAUCCCGUUCCUAGAGCUCUGGACUGGUAAGAGGAUCUGGAGGGGUAUAUUAUUUUCUCUCCUUAUGGCAUUCGCAAAGUUUGUUGUCGGCGUGUGGAUCCCGCUAUGGCAAUUUGCGAAGUCAUUGAAACCCUCAAAAGCUGAUAAGGGAGUUCGGGGAAAUGAUCAACACUUCAAAAAAAAUCAGCUUGAAUCUAUGGAACCAAAGACUGGGAAAAGUAGCUAUCCCUCCGCGUGGCUCGCAGGGCUGCUUCUUGGAUCGGCAAUGGUGGCGCGGGGAGAGAUUGGACUACUAAUUAUCGAGAUCGGAUACAACCAAACGGACUAUGUUAGUCAAGAAGGCUUUAUCACGGGCGUGUGGGCCAUCUUACUUAACACCAUUGUUGGACCAGUUACUGUGGGCUAUUUGGUGAAGUUUUAUGGGAAAAGGAUUGGAGAAUGUGACUGGGGCCUGCAGGAUCAAGCUCGGCCGAGAUCAAACGACAGCAAUCAUUGUGUAUAA